AUGAAUGUGAAGCUGAACCCUGCAGGAAUGGUGGAAUCUGUACAGAUCUUGUUGCCAACUACUCCUGUGAAUGUCCAGGUGAAUUUAUGGGAAGGAACUGCCAACAGAGGUGCUCUGGCCCACUAGGGAUAGAAGGAGGGAUUGUGUCAAACCAACAAAUCACUGCAUCCUCCACUCACCGAGCUCUCUUUGGACUCCAGAAGUGGUACCCCUACUAUGCACGGCUUAAUAAGAAGGGUCUUGUGAAUGCCUGGACUGCUGCAGAAAAUGACAGAUGGCCAUGGAUUCAGAUAAACCUCCAGAAGAAGAUGAGAGUCACUGGAGUUAUAACCCAAGGUGCCAAGAGGAUUGGAAGUCCAGAAUACGUAAAAUCUUACAAAAUUGCCUACAGUAAUGAUGGGAAGUCAUGGACAAUGUACAAAGUAAAAGGCACAAAGGAAGACAUGGUGUUCCGUGGGAACGUGGACAACAACACGCCGUACGCCAACUCCUUCACGCCGCCCAUCAAGGCCCAGUACAUCCGGCUGUACCCCCAGGUCUGCAGGAGGCACUGCACCCUCAGGAUGGAGCUGCUUGGCUGCGAGCUCACAGGUUGCUCUGAGCCCCUGGGGAUGAAAUCAGGACACAUCCAGGAUUUCCAGAUCACUGCCUCCAGCGUUUUCCGUACCCUCAACAUGGACAUGUUUGCCUGGGAGCCCAGGAAAGCCCGGCUGGACAAGCAAGGCAAAGUUAACGCCUGGACCUCUGGCCACAAUGACCAGUCACAGUGGUUGCAGAUUGACCUGCUCAUCCCUACGAAGAUCACUGGGAUAAUCACCCAAGGAGCUAAAGAUUUUGGCCACGUCCAGUUCGUGGGGUCCUACAAGCUUGCUUACAGCAACGAUGGGGAGCACUGGAAAAUAUACCAGGAUGAAAAGCAGAAGAAGGACAAGGUGUUCCAGGGGAACUUUGACAACGACACGCACCGCAAGAACGUCAUCGAGCCGCCGAUCUACGCCCGGCACGUGCGCAUCCUGCCCUGGUCGUGGUACGGCCGCAUCACCCUGCGGUCCGAGCUGCUGGGCUGUGCAGCUGAGGACUGAGCCCACCCCAUUCCUGCUGUAGAAGAAGCUUGUAGGAUGCUGAGUGGGGUUUUUCCAUGAACCAGUGCUCGCUCAUUUUUAUGGUAGGCCGCUAGCUGUCUUUCGCCAGGAGGUCUAAGCCUGCCCUUUUAAAACGAUCCGAUCCGGUUUUUUUGCCCUUGAAAAUCUGUUGGUGUUGUCCCUUCUGCUGUGGAAUUAUCCUCCUAGUUCUCCCUUGAGUUGUUCACCACCAGUUGAAACGCGUUGAGGGAAAAAGAGAAAAAAGAAAAAAAACAGCAGCAUCCUUUUUACAAGGGAAGAGAAACAGUGUGAAGCUCAUUUGUGGCUUCAGGAACAUUGGGCUGAUGAGUUCUCCAUAACCCAUACCAUCACCUUACUUGCAAAAAGUGAUACUGCAGCUUUUAGCAAUAAGUUUACUUGGGGAUGACUGCAUUAUAGUAAUUGUGCCUAUCAAACACACUGUCAGUUCUUACGACAUAUAUUUUGGGAAAUUCUCCCUGGUACUGUUAAAACACGGUACCUGUGGUGUUAUGAGCUACCUUUCACCACUUUCAUCCAGACAGCAGAGUCCACGCACCUGAAGGGUUUUCCUAACUGCCCCAUUUUCCUUCUCUAUUUUGCAUGCUGUAGACACGGCCUCCAUC